AAUAGAGAAAAAAAAUCUAUGGGUAACCUAUAUUGAUCUGACAGCUUUAGCUCUGCUCUGUAUGGAAAAAAUUAAUCAUAACAAAAGAAAUAAAGUUAAAGAAAAAAGAAAGUAAACUAUUUUGUACGAUAAAGACAAUCCGAAACUAUUUACACAUUUAUUAAUACCAACAUGAAUACUACAGAAAUAUCUUCUAGAGAAAAUCCAUUGGACAAAUACUCUACUGAGAAAAGUGAAAAAUGGAGAUUUAUCAACACUAUUUGUAGGUUGUGCUCUUUAGAAUGUCAGUUAAAAUCGCAGAACAUAUUACAGAAAAAAAUACUCGAAAUGCUUAAAUUCUGUUCAUCCCUUCGUCCUUCAGAACUUGAUGGUCUUCCAAGAAGAAUAUGUUCAUCUUGUUUGCAGUCUUUGACCAAUAGUUAUCUCUUCAGAAUUAAAAUGGAAGCAACAGAUAUACUGCUGAAAAAAAAACUGGAAGUUCUUUUUGUUAAAAAAGAUAUUCUCGAUAUAUCUCUCAAUAAUGCUCAGAUAAAAAGUUUACAUAGUGAAACAAUUGUGAAGGAAGAAAAUACAGAAGAUAUUUCUGAAAAUUCUUCAUCAGUUGAACUUGAUUCCACCAAGAUUAUUCAAAUGACUCAGAAAGCUUUAGUACCAAAUAGUAAAGUAGAAGUUAUAUUUGAUGACUCUCCCAAUUCUAAUGUCGAUGAAGGAAAAAAGGAACCAAUUGUGUUGAAAACUCUUGAGGCAUGUAAAAAAGUAAUCAAUGUUGCACUUCCUCCUUUGAUACCUAUACAAACUUCUAACAAUAAUAAAACAAAAGCUUUAAACCAAACUUCAAUGGAAGAUCCACCUCCUUUAGUACCCUUGAAAUCCAUUGUAAAUGAAGGUAUGUCCUCAAAGUUACCUUCUGAAAAUAUAAAUAUUGAAAAAGAAAUAAUCUCAGAAAGUUCCCAAAAAAAUCGUAUAGAAAUAAUUCAAUCAUCGAAAUCCUUAUUCUGCAAUAUUUGUAAGAAAGCGUUUCAAGAAGGUGAGAAAUUGAUCCGUCAUUUGAAAGGACAUAUGGUUCCUAAAAAUUUCUCCUGUACAAUAUGUGGAAAAAAAUAUCCAAGCCCAAGUACUUUUCAAAUCCAUAUGAGGUCUCAUACUGGGGAAAGACCAUUUAAAUGUCCUGUUUGUGACAAAGGAUUCUCUAGAUGGGCUGGUGUUGUGAGUCACUUGCAGAGUCAUGAAGAUAAUCGACCUUUUAAAUGUGAUUCUUGUGACCAGUCAUUUAAGGUUUCAUCGAAUUUGGAACGACAUAAAGUAUUACAUGCAGGUGUACUUCCAUUUUGUUGUAAUUACUGUGGAAAAACUUUCAGUCAGUCAAGCAAUCUACAAUUACAUAUAAGGACUUAUCAUACUAAUGAGAGACCUUAUCUGUGUUCAGUGUGCGGUAAAGGUUUUGUAUCAUCAACCAGGUUGAAUCGACAUAUGAGGAUUCAUACAGGAUAUAAACCAUUCCAUUGUCGAAUAUGCACUAAAGGAUACUCAAACAUAAGUGAUUUAAAAAAUCAUGAAUUCGGUGUCCAUGGUAAUAAAUGUGAAAAACCAUUUUCUUGUGAUAUAUGUGAUAAGAAAUUUUUUUAUUCAUGUCGUUUAACGAAACAUUUGAAAACACAUUCAACAUUACAUCAUGUAUGUAACCAGUGCAGUAAAACUUUUCCUACUAGUAAUUGCUUAGCCCAACACAUAGAAAGUAAACACCCUGAAAGUAAUUUUACUGAUAGUACUGAAUAAAACUAAACUAAUAUCCAGUUAUAUUUUUUUGAUAUCAUAUAUACAGUAAGGGACGUUUUUUUCACAUGCGAAUAAAUUUAUUCAUUCCAGUCCUCAAUGUCAUAUUAAUAUAUAUUAUAAUUGUAAUUUGAUGGGAAAUUGAAGACUUAAUUUUAAUUGAUUGUUUAUAUUAUAAAUUAUCAAAUUGAUUAUUUAUACUGAGGGAGAGUCUCUCCGAAACCUCUAAUUAAAUAUUUUUAUAUGAAAUAAACAUCUUUAGAAACCUGACACGUUCAAAUAAAAAAAAUCUAAUUGACCAUUAGAAAGCAUAUUAUCAACAUUGAACAGAAUAUAUAUUAUAGAUACAGUAAAUAUCAUUCUUAACAAUAUUGAGGGAAACGCUUGGUGCCCUUAUUAUCGAUGGGAGUUAAAACACAACAAUAUGUUAUAUUAUUCUACAAUUCACAGGAAUAUCAUAAAUAUGAGCAACGAUAUCCUGAAUUUGAAAAUUUCCAAUAUAAGAAAAAACCAACAUGAAUAAGAAUGAAAGAGUACCUAUCGAAAAAAAAACUUAGUCUGUUUUGUUUUUUAUUUUAGCGAGUUUUUAAUAAUAUUUUUUUAAGUUAUCCUAAAGGAGCACUUAUGUGAUCCUGUGGGCGGGAGUUUAGUGUGUUUAAUGACCAAACCCUCUCCCUCCAAAAAUGUGAUGAUGUCAACAUUAAUUAAAAUAAAAAGUAGCGAGCAGCAUAAUUGUCGACCAAUCUUCGCGCAGUCGCAAUCGAUAAUCUGGUCACAUUAACCUUCGUAUACAGGUGGUCCUAUAUUGGAGGUACAAAGGAAAAUGAGAUUCCUUGGAUAAUUGAAAAAAAAAACUAUAAACCUGGGUCUGCAAAAGUUUUUUUUUCGAGAUACAGUGUAUUUUUUUGUACUUCUACUUUAUGUGAUGUUUAUACCUGUUUAUCGAAUUUUUAUUAAUCUGUAUAAUGUGUAAAUAAAAUCAAAUACUCGUUU